AUGGCCAACCAGCCCGCUCAGCCCGCAACGCAGCCGAGUCUUACGAGGCUGCUGCAAAAGAGUGCCGGGAGAAAGUCCAGCGCAUCAUCAAAGAAUGCCACCGUACCAAUGAAAAGUUCACCGACCCCGACUUUGAUAUCGAGUGGGAUCUCGAAGACAACUGCCUCAACGGCCUCGUCCGCUUCGACUGGGACGACUGGGACACCGAUGAUACCGGCAACGCCGUCAGCGCCGACCGCUUUCAAGCGAAGCCUUGACACCCUCGCCGAAUCCAACGCGCUCGGACCAGGCGGAACUGUCGCCUUGGACCCCGGAGUAGUCAGAGGCUACAUCGCCGACGACCCCUGGGCCGCUCUCUUCGGCGCCUGGGGAACCAAAGGCCAACCCGUGACCAAGGGAGCUACCCCCCAAGCUCAACAAGCUGCUGCCGCACAGAAAGGCGUCCUCCCCCACGGCAAAAACUCGCCCCGUCACCACACCGACCCCAGAGCCAACCCCAAAUCCACCAGGAGCAAGAACGGCGUCCAGUGCGGCGAGUGGUACAACCCCGGCUCCAAGCACCGCCUCGACUGGAUUUUUUCGUCUCCCCAAUGGACCAUAGACGGGUACUCGUCCUCGGACAUCAAGCAAGGCUCCAACGGCGACUGCUGGUGGCUCGCCGCCGUGGCCACCAUCACCCACCGAAAGGACCUAAUGGACAGAGUCUGCGUCGUCCGCGACGAGGAAGUCGGCGUGUACGGCUUUGUGUUCUACAGAGACGGGGAGUGGAUCUCUGCCGUGGUAGACGACAACCUCUACCUCCAGUACCCCGACUUUGACUACUACGGCGACCGGUACGACUCGACUGGCAAGUUGGCAAGGGAGUACAGAAAGAGAUACCAAACCGGGAGCGAAGCCCUCUAUUUUGCGCAGUGCGAAGACCAAAACGAGACUUGGCUCCCGAUCUUGGAGAAGGCGUACGCAAAGGUUCACGGGGAUUACGAGGCUAUUUCUGGGGGGUGGAGCGGGGAGGCUGUGGAGGAUAUGACUGGCGGUGUUACUACCACUGUUGCUGCCAACCGGGUGCUCAGGAAGGAUAAGCUUUGGAAGGAGCUGGUGAAUGCUGAUGGGGAGUUCGUCUUCGCCUUGUCGGCUAUCGGGACCGGGUGGGAUAGCUACAAGGGUGGCCUUGCGUUGGGGCAUGCUUAUUCUAUUCUUAAGGCUACGGAGGAGGUGGGUGAGGAUGGGAAGAAAGUGAGGUUGGUCAAGAUCAGGAACCCGUGGGGUCAGAGGAGCAGUGAUGGUGUGGGGGAGUGGAACGGGCCUUGGUCGGAUGGGAGCAAGGAGUGGACUCCUUACUGGUUCAAGAAGCUGAAUCAUACUUUUGGGGAUGAUGGUGUUUUUUGGAUGAGUUAUGCUGAUAUGCUGGAGACGUUUUUGUUUAUCCACCGGACUAGACUUUUUGAUGAGAAGUGGACGGUGGUGCAACAAUGGACGAGUGUGAGUGUGGGCUGGGUGGCGGGGUAUCUCAACCAGAAAUUCGUGAUCGAGGUCAAAAAAGCAGGGACGGUGGUUGUGGUGUUGAGCCAGCUUGACGAAAGAUACUUUCAGGGCUUUGAGGGACAAUACAACUUCUCCCUUCACUUCCUGUUGAAGAAAGAAGGCGGCAAGGACGAGGAGCACAUCUGCCGGGUGAGACCUGUUCACCAGUGGGAGAGCCGAUCGGUAAGCUGUGAGGUUGACCUCGAGCCGGGGAGGUAUGAGGUCUUGCCCAAGGUGACGGCCGAAAGAUGCGACUGGAGGAAUCAAGUCGAAGACGUUGUCAAAAAAUGGGCCGAUAAAAACCCCUCCAAACUCCGCCAGGUAGGCAUGCAAUACGACCUCGCCCACGCCAAAGGUGGCAUCCCCAACGAGGACGACCUCAUCCUCAAGAAAAAGGAGGAGGCCAAGAGGAAGGCUGAGGCGAAGAAGCUCAAGGCCAAAGAAAAGGCCAAGCGGAAGAAGGAGAGGGAGAAGGCUAAGAAGCGGAAGGAGAAGGAGAAGAAAAAGAAGGCUGCUGCUGCCGAGGUCACGGUGAAAGUUCCCGAGGGUGGUGAGACGACGGUUAAUGUCAAGGCUGGCGAGAAGAAGGAGGACACUGACAAGAAAGAGGAAUCGGAGAAAUCGGAGGAUGCGGUUGAGAAGAAGGAGGAUGCUGCUGCUGCUGCCACUACCAAGGCUGAGGAGAAGAAGACUGAAGCUCCCAAGACCAUCUCCACCGCCUCUUCGUCCGCCCCUGCUCCCCCCAAGGAAGGACAGAAGGAGGAGAAGAAAGACGACGGUAAGAAGGAGGAGACACUGGCUAUCAGGCCUGCCCCCACCACCACCACCACCACCACCACCCCAGCCGCGGAGGAGAAAGAAGCCAAGCCUGACGAGAACAAAGCAGAAGAGAAGAAAAAGGAAGAGGAGGAGGAUGAUUCCGAGUCUGAGUACGAGUCUGAAACGGAUGAGGAGGAGGAGAAAGAAAAGGAGGAGGAGGAACAGCGGCAGAAGGAGGAAGAAGAAGCCCGCAAAUUGGCCGAGGACGAGGACUCGCCUUCCAUCCCGUGGAACGCGGUUGCUGUUCUUGGGUUGAGGGUGUAUGCCCAGGAUGCCGGGGUGAGUGUGCACCUUGCCAAGCCGAAGAGUGAUGAGGAGGGGGCGAGUUUGGUGAUUGAUAGCCAGGCUGUGGGUGCUACUAUGUAG